CCAAGGAGCCAUCACCGGCCUGGUCACCAGCCCUGACGGCAGCUUCCUGUUCAGCUCCUGCUCUCAGGGCACGCUGGCACAGUACCACAUCGGUGGCCCCUGGUGCCGAAUCCUGCGUAUGGCAGCAGCUAAUGUGGUGUGCCUGGACGCCUGCCCGAGCCCCAGUGCCCUGGCGGUCAGUGGGGACAGCCGCCUGCUGGCCUUCGUGGGUCCCUCCAAGUACAUGGUGACUGUCAUGGGCACAGCUUCACUGGAUGAGCUGCUGAAGAUUGAUGUCAGCGCCCUGGACCUGGCUGGCAGCCGCCUGAACUCAGCCAUGGUUGUCUGCUUCGGCCCCACACCCCCUGGCCACCUGCUGGUGUCCACGUCAUCAAACAUGGUCGCAGUGCUAGACGCCUCGUCGGGCCGUGUGGUCCGGGAGCUGUGCUGUGUCCACCCUGUGGCCUGCUCCUCCCUAGCUCUCAGUGGGGAUGGCCGCUUCCUGCUAACAGCUGCUGACCGGGCCAUCAAGGUGUGGGACUACUUGGCACAGGCCAGCCCUAGCUGCCAGGUAUACAUCGGCCACUCAGAGCCUGUGCAGGCCAUGGCCUUCACCCCUGACCAGCAGCAGCUCCUCAGUGUGGGAGACGCCAUCUUUCUCUGGGACAUUUUGGCCCCCACUGAGAGGUCCCCCCUAGGAAGCGUUCAAGGCUCGCUCAAGGCCCCUCCAACGUGCAAGGCUAGCCUCGGGGCAAGACAGCUGGAGGACGUGGUAUCUGGGGCCAGUGGGCUCCCCCGGCAGCAGGUGCCUGUGCCAUCCUUGGCAUCCCCACCCCAGCUGGGCAUCUGUGCCAGGCCCUCCAAGGGCCUUGAUGCUACCUGCAGCACCAGGAGAGCCAGGGUCCAGCCCACCACCCGCCCAGACUCCUACAAGCACUUCAUGGCGCGCUACAAGGCCUCCCCGCUGGCCAAGGGUCUCUCCUUAUCCCCCACUGGCGAUGAGCGGCUGCACCUGAAGGCUGUCGUGGGCUACAAUGGGAACGGGCGGGCCAAUAUGGUCUGGAGGCCAGACACAGGCUUCUUCGCCUACACGUGCGGCAGCCUGGUGGUGGUGGAGGACCUGCACUCUGGUGCCCAGCGGCACUGGGUUGGCCACCCCGAGGAGAUCUCCACACUGGCCCUCAGCCACUAUGCUCAGAUCCUGGCCUCUGCCUCCGUCCAGAGCAGUACUGCCUUGCACUGCCAGAUCCGCCUCUGGGACGUACAAGGGGGCUCCUGCCGGCAGCUCAUCUCUCACCACAGCACUGCUGUCCAAGCCCUGGCUUUCUCGCCAGAUGACGGGUUUCUUGUCACACUGGGGGACUAUGGUGACCGCACCCUGGCCCUGUGGAGCACAGCCACCUGUGAGCUCAUGACCUCUGUGUGCCUCCCGGAGCCAGUCCAUGGCGUGGCCUUCGACCCCUGGGAUGGUGGUGUGCUCGCCUGUGUGGGCCGGGGUGCUGUCACCUUGUGGCUCCUGCUGCAGCUUGGGGCUGACGUCAGCCUCCAGAUCCACCAGGAGCCCAUCCCGGAGGAGGUCCCGCCCCGGGCAGAAGAGAUCACCAUUCCCGCAGACGUCACCCCAGAGAAGGUGCCCACGCACAUCGUGGAUUAUUCAGAAAUUGAACAGACAGCCGAGGAGCUCGAGGAGGAGAUUCACAAGGCGAACGUGGUGUGUGUGGUGUAUGACGUGUCUGAGGAGGCCACCAUUGAGAAGAUUCGAACCAAAUGGAUCCCACUGGUGAAUGGGGGCAAGAGGGAGCCCAGGGUCCCCAUCAUCCUGGUGGGCAACAAGUCAGACCUGCGGCCGGGGGGCUCCAUGGAGGCCGUGCUGCCUAUCAUGAGCCAGUUCCCCGAGAUCGAGACCUGUGUGGAGUGCUCAGCCAAGAACCUGAAGAACAUCUCGGAGCUGUUCUACUACGCACAGAAGGCCGUGCUGCACCCUACAGCCCCCCUCUAUGACCCUGAGGCCAAGCAGCUGAGGCCCGCGUGUACCCAGGCCCUCACGCGCAUCUUCAGGCUCUCAGACCAGGACAUGGACCAAGCGCUCAAUGACCAGGAGCUCAACGCUUUCCAGAAAUCCUGUUUCGGGCACCCCCUGGCCCCACAGGCCCUGGAGGAUGUGAAGAUGGUGGUGAGCAGGAACGUGGCGGGAGGCGUGCGGGACGACCGGCUCACCCUGGAUGGCUUCCUGUUCUUGAACAUGCUGUUCAUCCAGCGAGGCCGCCAUGAGACCACGUGGACCAUCUUGAGGCGCUUUGGGUACGGCGACUCGCUUGAGCUGACGGCCGACUACCUCUUCCCACCGUGGGGAGCAGCAGCCAGCAGGGCGGAAAGUCCACAAGUGGGAGGCUUGCCAAGCUCAGCUUCCCUGGCACCCUGCAGGCUCCGCGUGCCCCCUGGCUGCAGCGCUGAGCUCAACCACCGUGGCUACCAGUUUGUGCAGAGAGUGUUUGAGAAGCAUGACCAGGACCGGGAUGGUGCCCUCUCACCAGCGGAGCUACAGAGCCUCUUCAGCGUGUUUCCAGCUGCUCCCUGGGGCCCCCAGCUCUCCCGCACAGUCCGCACCGAGGCCGGUUGGCUGCCCUUGCACGGGUACCUCUGCCAGUGGACCCUGGUGACCUACCUAGAUGUCCGGUGCUGUCUCGAGCACCUUGGCUACCUGGGCUACCCCACUCUCUAUGAGCAGGACUCUCAGGCUCAUGCCAUUACAGUCACCCGGGAGAAGAGGCUGGACCAGGAGAAGGGGCAGACACAGAGGAGUGUGCUCCUGUGCAAGGUGGUGGGGGCCCGUGGAGUGGGCAAGUCCUCCUUCCUGCAGGCCUUCCUUGGCCGUGGCCUGGGGGGUGCCCAGGAUCCCUCUGAGGAGUCCUCCACUUAUGCCAUUGACACAGUUCAGGUCAACGGGCAGGAAAAGUACCUGAUACUAUGCGAGGUGGGUGCAGACAGCUUGCUGACCGUCGCAGCUGAUGCUACGUGUGAUGUUGCCUGCUUGAUGUUUGAUGGCAGUGACCCUGCGUCCUUCACACUGUGCGCCAGUGUCUACAAGCGCCACUACAUGGAUGGACAGACCCCUUGCCUCUUCGUCUCUUCCAAGGCUGACCUGCCCGGAGGCAUCUCGUCACCUGGCCUGUCCCCAACCGAGUUUUGCCGCAGGCAUCGGCUAUCUGCCCCGACCCCGUUCUCCUGUGCUGGCCCAGCCAUGCCAGACACCACCAUCUUUACCCGGCUCGCCACCAUGGCCACCUUCCCGAGACGGAGAUGGAGGGUACAGCAGCAAGGGUCACCUCUCUCCUACAGACACCUUGUUCAUGGGGAGCGACAUACUACCUCCUUCUGGCUCCGGGUGGCACUGGGGACAGCUGGGGCCGCCGUCGCUGCAGUCCUCAGCUUCUCACUCUACAGGGUCCUGGUGAAGAGCCGUUGAGUCCCCAGGACCCCCUGGUCUGAUAUCAGGGCCCACAGGGUGCUGGUGUGGGGCCACCUGCUUGGGGUGGGGAGUGGGGGGCUUCUUUCUGUCUCAGCUUUCCUUCUGAGGACAGUCUUCUCCCUGCCAUGCCUCUGCCGGAGCAGCAAGACUGGGUCCUCGGGACCCAGAACCCUGUGUCCUGUCCCACUGCAGAUGCCGGGCAUUGCCCUCCUUUGUGGGCUUCUUGUAUUAGAGGGACUGUGGGGCAUGGGUGAAAAAGCCAGUGACCCCAGAGCAGAAUUCUCAGGGCUCUACUCCUCCUUCCUGGUCCCAGGUGGCCAGUAUAUGUGAAGGGGGUAAGAAGGCAGAGCUUUGGGCCAAAGGCAGGGGGUGGGGACAAGAAGUGGCUGGACCAUUGUGCCCUUCCCCUUCCCCCCAUCUGAAGACAGGUCCAGGGCUGUGCCCCUUACAGAAGACAAAAGAGAUUGGGUUUCCUGAUUAAACUUCACUUGUGUCUUUUCCA